AAUAAAGCGCAGGGCUCUUAGAGCGUCUUUGCACAGCUUCUCUCAGUCAUGGCGCAGCUGCAUGUGUCUGUGGGUAUACUGGGCAUCUCUGGCGGUUCCCUGCUACUUUUGGUAAACAGCUAUGGUAGCACUCCCCAAGAAGACCUCAUCCCCCCAACCGCACUGGGGGUACUGCUCCUCAUCAUCGCUGCCAUCGUAGCUUAUGCAGGUGUCUGUCGGAGCUUGUCCAGUUCACAGCUCUUCUCCUCCCUGUGUCUGACAGUCUCAGCCCUGUGGUGUGGCUCCAGUCUGGUUUACAUCCUGACAGGACAGGGGGUGCUUGAGCCUGAAGACCUUAGAUCCUCAUUAGUCCCUGGCUUGGCUGCCUUUGCCCUGGCCCUGUUUGUCAUAGGCAGCAUAGCGCUCCUCGCCAGAAAGGCGGUUCUGUUCAUCAUCGCCAUCAGCAUCAGCUUAGCUUGUGGCCAUCAAAUCGCUGGCCUGUCUGCUGAAGGUUUCGGCCAGUCUGCCACGGCUGCAAACUACCUUCUCGUCAGUCUGGUGGGUGGUUACUUUGGUGCAGGACGUUUGUUGUCCACGAUUACGCAUGGCAAAGUGGAGCUUCCAGGCACUGGCCUAAAGACAAAAGGCAAGGUGAAGCUCGAGACGCGCUGUGGAUGUGCUGACGCAGUGUCAGUGGGUGUGGUGAUGAACUUGUUAGCGGCCUCAGUGUUAGCCUGUCCUCUCUUGGGUGUGGUUCCUAGGCUCUUUGUUGGCCACGUCCCCUGGCUGUGGACAGCCGGGGUGUUCCAGCUUGGCCUGUGUGUCCUCUUCUACCGAGCCAUGGACCCGCUCUCUGCUACGUUUUACGGCUUCAUGGCAGUGCUGAGGUUUGCAGAGGGUUACAGUGCCCUCCUAUCCUUCUAUUCAAUACAGCCCUUCUCACCAGUUCCCUUCCCAGCCGUCUUCUCCGUACUUUUCUUCAUCCUGACUCUGUUCAGCUUUCAAAAGAGCUUGCUGGAGGCUCUCUACCACUUAUUAUUUGUUGCGUACUGUAUAGCCAUUGCUGCUCAGCCUCAAGGCUUCUUCCAGGAAGGAACCCAGGGUGUACAAGCUGCUAUAUUUGUCGGCUCCGCAUGUGUGCUUUUAAUAACGACAUACAACAUAGUCGCCACCAAAAUGAUCCCUACGGGGCAGAACAUUUUCAAAGCGUUAGUAAACAAAACGAGUAGACUCACGCUUCACACCCAUGAUAAGGAGCUUCAUGCACCUCACCUGGGUUACUCCAAAUAUGCCGAUGCAGAGGUGUUAGGUCACGCCUGUAGUGUCCUGGCUACUUUUGCUGUCACAGCCACAAUAGGUGACAGGGCGGUGUUGUCCGUGCUGGUGCUCCCCUGGGUGGUGGUCGCUGGUGGGCUCCUCCAGUUGCUCUGCGGGUCAGUCGCUUUCUCCAGAGGAAAAACCUUUGAGAGCACUGUGUUCACCCUCUACGGGGUGAUGUGGACAGUGUGGGGCUUGACUCGAUAUGGCGGGCUGUACGGCGAAGUGAGAGGCUUUAACGUGGCCGUGGGGAUCAUCGCCUUCCUGAUGUUUAAUGCCUUGGUGACGGCCGCGGCUCUGUUUGUGAACGUCGCCUGGUUUGUGUAUGCGCUCACCUUCCAGCUCAUCAUCAUCAGCUUCCUGCUGGAUGCGCUCGAUGCUCUGCCUUUUGGUUAUGACAUAGGAGUCACCAUCAUCUUUGGCAUUGUUAGCUUUUAUUGUUUUGGGGCUCACAUUUUCAACAGCACCUUCCAGUCCCCUCAGAUUCCCCUGGGGAGAGGUUUGAUAAGGCUGAGCGGGGUCGGUGGCGGGGCACAUAUCUGUCCACAUCUGCCAGCCCGAAAAGCCACAUCAGUUCAGCAGAUUGCAGAUAUCAUGAAAAAUGGCGGCAUAUGUGGCAUGCCUACUGACACUGUCUAUGUGCUGGUGGCAGCUUGCAACAGGCCUGAUGCUGUUGUCAAGGCAUUCAAGGUGAAGAAGCAAGCACAGGACCGACCCAUGUCCAUGUGGCUGUCCUCCAUCAAGCAGCUUGACCCAGUCAGACACCUGCUAAGCCCCCUUCUGCUGGACUUUAUGGAGGCCGCAUGGCCGUCAUCCAUCAGUAUGGUUAUACCUCGAGGCCCAUGGAUGGACACCUUUGGUUUAGGAGAUGCUGCCAAACACAUCGGGACCCCCCAAAGCAUCGCUAUCAGGAACCCAGACUGUUCGGUGGCCACCCACCUCAUUGAUCUAGUGGGGCCCGUAGCUGUGACCUCAGCCAACCCGACAGGAGAAGCAGACACCACUCAUCACAACCAGGUUUAUGCCAAGUUGGGCAAAAAGGUGGAAGGUGUUUUAUGUGAUGGACCCUCUCCAGAGAACAUUGCAUCCACUGUGGUAGAUUGCACUAAGAUUGAUACAGGACACAUUGGCUUCUUCAGAGUGGGUCUGAUCCCUAAAUCUAAGGUUCUUCAUAUUUUCAAUGAGGUUCAGAAGCGGCACACACAGGGGCAGACAAACCCAGCUUUUGAAACUGAUCAGCCAGAAACGGAAACAGAGACCUCUUCAGCUGAGGACAGCAGAGUCUGAAAAGUCAACACCAAGCUCCCAGACAUUUUUUUUACUAUACAACAUCAUGAGCUUGAAUUUUAUGGUGAACUGAUGAAGAAUUGUAUCAUAUUUGGAUUGUAUUAUA